CGACCUUUUUAACAGUCACUUUCUCACCCCUCCAUUCGCUCGCCGGCAUAAUGUCAUGGCUGGCUCGUUCCCUGGCCAACUCUCUUCGACUCGACAACGACGAUGGCGAUGAUGACGCCGACUCAGAAAACGACGUCGCACCCGACACUCCACACGACCCAUCACCUGCAACAUGCAUUGAAGAAGAAAUGGCAAAAGGAACAGAAAUUCAAGAUGAAGGAGAAGAAGCGCAAACAAGAGGCGUCAAAGAGGAUCUUUCAGAACUCAAGCAAACCCUAACGCGUCAACUGUGGGGCGUCGCCACUUUUCUUGCUCCUCCGCCGACUUCCAACGACCGAUCACUCUCUAAUUUGAAUCAAUUCGAGGCAUCUCAUCGAUCCGACGAGGGAGAACACUCCGAUUCCGAAGAAAGAUUGGGGAUCAGGCAAGAUUUUGCAGAGAUCGGAGGAAGAUUUAGGAGUGGGGUCACGGAGAUUUCGAAGAUGGCGUCGAAUUAUUUUCCUUUUGGAUCAGAGGAAGACGAGGUAGAAAAUAAUGAGGAGGGAAAUGAGACACAUGGGGAGGAAUUGGAGAUCGAGGAGCCUGAUGAGUGGGGCGCAGGAGCCAUCGGGAUUACCGACGAGGUGUUGGCAUUUGCGAGGAAUAUUGCUAUGCAUCCUGAGACUUGGCUGGAUUUUCCCCUGGAUGAGGAAGAAGAUUUAGAUGAUUUUGUCAUGUCUGAUGCCCAACAAGAGCAUGCUUUGGCCAUUGAAGGACUCGCUCCUAGACUAGCUGCUCUCAGAAUUGAACUUUGUCCUUGCCAUAUGACGGAGAGUUACUUUUGGAAAGUAUAUUUUGUUCUUCUGCAUUCAAGACUCAACAAACAUGAUGCAGAAAUUUUAUCUACACCUCAGGUAAUGGAAUCCAGAGCAUUGUGGAUGCAGGAGUUACAUAAACAAACGAAUCCAGAAAAUGACUGGUUUGGAAAAGGCACUUGCAAUGCAAAUGAUAAUGCGGUAUUGCAUGAAGAGUUUGAAUGUGCCAGGACAUUUGAUUUUGAACCAGCGACCAAUAUGGCAACAGAUUAUGAAACUCAGAAGCACCCAGUUGUAAGUACAGACAUGCAGUUCAUUGAUAAGUCGGUUAUUGAAGAAAAGCCAGUGACAAAAAUUGUGAAUAAGGAUGUGCUUGCCAGUCAAUCUUCUAAGGUACUGCUUCCAAAUUAUGAAGAUGAUGAGGAUGACUGGCCAGAUGAGGAAGAUUCUGAUUUAGGCAGUUACAAAGCCACAUUCCCUGCAGGAAAUGAAGAAGACAUAUCUUUCAGUGAUCUUGAAGAUGAUGCCACGAGCACCAUACCCAUAAAAUCAAAGAUGCUUUCCAAGGGUUCUGAAACUUCAACAUCAAAAACCUAAGUAUGUAGCUUCAGCUAAGCGUAAGCUUGGCUGAUUGUACUAUUGCUUGAACUGUGAAGUCGUCUGGUGUGAACUGAACACUGUGAUAAAGAGUGAAGACCUUGCAACUCUAUGAGCGUCCAGAACUUUGGUGGGGUUGCUGUGAUGUGUCUUGCGAGCACUUUUGUACAUGAUGGUUGUUUGAAUUGAGUUACCUAUUAGAGAGAUCAUAUGUUGAUUUGUUGUGCAAAGGUUGUAAACAGAACUUGUUAAACGACUCAGCAAGGAUUUUGUGAAUAAAAUUGGCCAAUUUUACAGCGGUUUUACGAGAAA